AACAACUUUGCUACUCUUACUGUGUUCCCGUUUGUGUUGGCCUACAGACCUAAUUUUUGCGUGUGUUGUGUGCUGUGCAUAGUUUUCCCGAAAAAAUCGGAAUAAACAAAUAGAAAGAAAGUAAAAGCAACCAUAUUCAAAUAGCGUGGCGUGUGUCGGCGGCAGGGAAAGUGAAGUUUAAAUCCAAACGGUGUGAGUGUGAGCAUUACGAUUUCGAGAACAGCAAUAACAACAAAAGCCACUAAAAACUUAAAAGCAAGAUGAAAAUGUGUAUUUAUAUGCGUGAGCAGCAGCAGCAGCAGUCGCAGCCACAGCUAAAGCAAGUUUCAAUAACGGUAGUGCAAGUUUUGUAAAAUUAUUACAUACCGAAAUAUGUAUGCACACGUUUACGUACUAUAUGUAUGCACAUAUGUACAUACAUAUUUUGUUCUGUCAUAGAAUUGGAGCAGAGCAGCUAAAACAACAACAAAAUUAGUAGAGCGCCCCCUGCCAGCCAGCCACAGCAACAGCAACAACAAGUAAAUGGUCGUAAUUGUGUGUGUAUAAGUGAAUAUACAUAAGUGCGCGUUGUUCUCAUGUGUUCGUUCGUGUGUAAUAGGGAAUUGCAAUUUGUUGUUUUUGUAGGAAGAGCUUUUCGCUUGUUGCGCGUGCUCGUCUUUCUCGUCGUCUCGUUGUCGUUGUGCAAGAAGUUUUCGUCGUCUGGCUCGGCAUAAUUGCAAUAAAUUUGCUGUUUUUGAUACAUAGAAGGAAGCAGCAAACGCCGACGCCGACGCCACCGUUGCCGCCAUGCAAAAACAAAUUCCAUGUGCGAAAGACAACACUAAAAGCGAAUAGCGAAUAGGCAAAGCGAAAACGAAAAAAAAAGAAAGAAAUAGCAAGAGAAUUGGCGCAGCGCAAAUAAUAAGAACAUACACUAGCGACGGCAGCAGCAACAACAACACCAACAACAACAGCAAUAAUAAUAAUAAGAGUGAGCGCGCAACUGUGUGCGUGAGUGCUGCGAAAAAAAGCAAAAUAAAAUAAAAUAAAAAAUAUGCUGAAAAAGCUUUCGACGACGACUUCGCAGCUGCUGCUGGCGCAGGCGGAAACUGCAUCAGUGCUGAUCGUAGCGGGAACAGGGCUGCAGGGGCAACAUGAAUCACGAUAGUUCUUCUUCUUUGUGCGAAUAACCGUGUGAAGUGUACAAACAAAUAGAGAAGGCGAAACGGGACAACAACAACAGCAAUAAUAGCACUUUUGCUUUCGGUCCCAACUGGUUUUAAGAACGACAAAAAGAAAAAGCACACCAAAUCGAGCGCCCCAAGAGCCGCCGGAGUAGCAGCGCGUCUUUGUUGUGAUCGCUGUCGGUGUAGCGGCGCAUGCGCUACAGCGUCGCUGUCGCUGUCGACGUCAGAGCAGCAGCAGCAGCAGCUGCUGUUGCUAUUUUAUUUAGCAUGAAAGCUGGAAGACAAUUUCUAAGUAAUUGCAACUACUAAAGCUACCUGCCAAACUGCAACAACAAUUGAAGCAUCACUAAUAACUGUAAACAAAGAAAAUAACAAGUCAAAGUACAUCACAAUACUACACAACGUAUUAAACAUGGAUACCUUUAAUGUACCUUUGCUGGCCGAGAGCAGCAGCAGCAGCAUUGCCAACUAUGCGGCCAGCAACAACAACGAUAGCAACAAUCAUCAUCAUCAUCAGCAUCACCAGCACCUGCAGCAGCAGCAACAACAGCAACAACAGCAGCAGCAGCAUCAGCAGCCAGUGUUGCCACAUCAUCAUAAGGAUCAGAUGCUUGCCGCGGGCAGCACACCAAUGAUGCCAUUUAUUAACUAUGCACAGCUGCAAAAGGAUGCGCUGCCCAAUUCCAAUUCGAAUCCGCCCGUUGAGAACUUUAGCUCAUUGCAGGCCAUCGACAACAGCCAAUUGGAUGGCGCCGUCUCCUUGAGCGGACUCUGUGAGCGCAUCUUUGCCAGUCCCAAUCCGCACAGUAAUAGCAAUCACAACAACAACAACAACAACAAUGUGGAUGGUAAAGCGUCAGCGCCAUCUGGCGGCGGCAACGGGCCACUUAUACUAGAAUCCGUCUCCAUGUCAUCAUUUGCCAAUAUACUGUUCAACAACAAUCGCAGCAACCAGACCACGGCCAGCGUCGAGACACUCAACAGCAUCGAUCCGCUGCUGCUGCAGAAGACCAACUCGGUCGAGUAUCAUCAGCUGAAGCCGUUGGAGAACGGAGCCGGCGCCGGCGCCACGGCGGCGGUGGUGAGUACAUCCGGUUUUCUAAGCUCCACAACGGCCCAGCUGCUGGACUUCGAGGUGGUGCCCACGAGCAGCGACAAGGAUGCGGUUGUUGCUGCCAACAACGGAUUGGCUGACACAACAACUGCAACUGCAACAGCAACAACAGUUGCAACAGGAACAGCUGCAACAUCAACAAGCACUGCCAAUCGAAGAUCGAUGCACAGCAUCGAGGAGCUGGCGGCUAGUUCCUGUGCUGCCGCCAAAACCAGCAACAAUAGCAGCAGCAAUACAACACAACAACAACAGCAGCAGCAACAACAGCAGCAACAGCAACAGCAGCAGCAGCAACAACAGCAGCAACAACAUCUUCAACAACAACAACAACAUCAGACGGGCAAUCUCAGCGGAUCCAAUAUAAGCUCCGAGGAUGAGUCCAUGUCGGAGGACGAAUUUGGGCUAGAGAUUGACGAUCAAGGGGGGUAUCAGGAAACGAACUCAUCUCAUUCGCAGCAGAGCGGCAAUGGAGCCGGUAACGCGGUGGCUGGCAGCUCUGGCCAGCUGCUGAACGGCGGCAGCGGCGGCGCUGGGGGCAACGGUUAUAUGCUGCUGCCACCGGGCGCUGGUGGCGCCUCGGCUGCACACAUGUCCGGCAGCGUGGGCGGCAGCGGUGCGGCGGGCGGCGCGGGCGGAGCGGGUGGUGCUGGAGGGGGCCAUCAUGGCGGGACGAGCGCCAGCUCGGGCGGCGGCGAGGCCAUCGACUUUAAGCACCUGUUCGAGGAGCUGUGCCCCGUCUGCGGCGACAAGGUGAGCGGCUAUCAUUACGGCCUGCUCACCUGCGAGUCCUGCAAGGGCUUCUUCAAGCGCACCGUUCAGAACAAAAAGGUCUACACUUGCGUUGCGGAGCGCUCCUGCCACAUCGAUAAAACGCAGCGCAAACGUUGUCCAUAUUGUCGAUUCCAAAAGUGCCUGGAGGUGGGCAUGAAACUAGAAGCUGUUCGAGCGGACCGCAUGCGCGGCGGUCGGAACAAAUUUGGACCCAUGUACAAGCGGGAUCGGGCGCGCAAGCUGCAGGUGAUGCGUCAGCGGCAACUGGCGCUGCAGGCGCUGCGCAGUUCGAUAGGCACGGACAUAAAGCCGACGCCGCUCUCGCCGGGCUAUCAGCAAGCAUAUCCAAAUAUGAAUAUUAAGCAAGAAAUUCAAAUACCUCAGGUAUCCUCACUCACGCAAUCGCCGGACUCGUCGCCCAGCCCCAUUGCGAUCGCCUUGGGCCAGGUGAAUGCAGGCGCGGGCGGUGUGAUAGCCACGCCCCUGAAUGCGGGCAAUUUGAGCGGCGGCAACGGGAACGGCGGCAGCUCCUCGCUGGGCAAUGGCAACAACAACACCAACAACAACAGCACAGGCAGCGGCAGCGGCGGCGGGGGCAGCGGAGGUGGCAACAACGCCGGCGGCGGCGGCGGCGGUGGCAGCAACAAUCUCGCCGACGGCCUGCAACGCAACGGAAACAGUGGCAACAGCAACAGCAACAGCAGUUGCCACGAAACCGGACCUGGAUCUCUGCAGAACACAGCCGAAUCGAAAUUGUGCUUUGAUUCUGGCACACAUCCAUCGAGCACAGCCGAUGCGCUCAUCGAGCCACUGAGGGUCUCGCCGAUGAUACGUGAGUUUGUGCAAUCGAUCGACGAUCGGGAAUGGCAGACGCAGCUCUUUGCGCUGCUGCAGAAGCAGACGUACAACCAGGUGGAAGUGGAUCUCUUUGAGCUAAUGUGCAAAGUGCUGGAUCAGAAUCUGUUCUCGCAAGUGGACUGGGCAAGAAACACAGUCUUCUUUAAGGACUUAAAGGUGGACGAUCAGAUGAAACUGCUUCAGCACUCGUGGUCAGACAUGCUCGUGCUGGAUCAUCUGCAUCAUCGCAUACACAACGGCCUGCCGGAUGAGACGCAGCUGAAUAACGGGCAGGUCUUCAACCUGAUGAGCCUGGGCCUGUUGGGUGUGCCGCAGCUGGGCGACUACUUCAACGAGUUGCAAAAUAAGCUGCAGGACCUCAAGUUCGAUAUGGGCGACUAUGUGUGCAUGAAAUUCCUAAUACUUUUAAAUCCAGAUGUGCGUGGAAUCGUGAACAAAAAGACCGUCGUGGAGGGCCACGAGAAUGUGCAGGCUGCGCUGCUGGACUACACACUAACGUGUUAUCCCUCGGUUAAUGACAAAUUCAGGAGGCUUUUGAACAUACUACCGGAAAUUCACGCCAUGGCCGCACGGGGCGAGGAGCACCUCUACUCGAAGCACUGUGCCGGCAGUGCGCCCACGCAGACGCUGCUUAUGGAGAUGCUGCAUGCCAAGCGGAAAGUGUAAGCAGAGCGCAUUUCCAGGAAUAAACAAAAAACAACAACAAAAAACAAAAGGCAAAAAAAAAGCAAAUGAAAAAAAGAAUACUUAAACAUUUUAUGAAAUAUAUGUAAAUAACAAAAACAAAAGCAAACAAGCGCAAAGUUAAAAAACAAACAAACAAACAAACCAAUUAAAUCUUGAUUGCUAUGCGAAGGACAUGAAUUUUACAUAUAUAUAUAUAUGUAUAUAUAUAAAGGAUAUAUGUAAAUAUGUAUGUAUAAGGAAGAAUGAUCAUCACUACCACCAACAACCAACUACCACAUACACACAUUUGUUGAUUCAAUGUUAAUUAUUAUUAUGUUUAUGACUAGCUUUACCGUAUGUUUAACUAAUUCAUUAAUUUGUCUUCGUUUAAGUUGUGUUUACUUUUAGUCAUGUCUCUUCUGAAAAAUCUGUUCAGAUAAUUCAAAUUCAGCUAAAAUUGUGGAAAGUGCAAAAAUACCUUUCUUUAGAACGUAAAGACCAUAACAAAUUUUAUUUUAUAUAAAUCUAUACACACACACACACACACACACUCAAAUAUAUAUAUAUAGCAUGAUUAUAUAUAUAUAUAUAUAUAUAUAGGGCAACCCUCCAUCCCUCUCUCCCUCGACAAAUUUUAACAGACCUUCUUUUUUUAUAUAUGUUUUUCCUUUUAUUAUUCGCGCCAAUUGUCUUACAUAGUAUUUGCGUCUACUCUAAACAAAAAAUAUCUUAAACAGAGAACAUUAUUGAAACAAAAUAAUUUGUCAUCUAUAUGUAUAACAAAUAAAUUAAUAAUUGUACAUUUUUUGUUUAAGUUUAAAGUUUAAGAAACUAUCCAAGCAACUACCUGCAACACAGGAAACAACAAUAACAAAAAUCGAAAGCCAGAGCAUGAAAUUCUCUUUAAAAUCAAACAAAAAAAAAAAACAAAAUAAACAAAAACAAUGAUUAGAUAUUAUAAAUAAUUAUAAACAUAUAUCGCAUAAGUUUACAAACAAAUUUCGAAAUGAUUAUAAUUUUAUUGUUUAAAUGUUAAAUGUGUAAAGCUGCUUAUUUCUAAAAGAAUUCAAAAAUAUGUUGUAUUUUAUUUCUGAGUAACAAGAAAAAAUUAAAGUUUUUUUUAAGCAACAAAUAUGCCUUUGCAUAUUGCCCUCAGGCGAUACAGUUAUCAGUUAUAACAAUUUUUUAAUAAUCUUUACGCAAACAUGCCAAAUGCAAAGUAAUUCAAUUGGAGAAUAAUUUUCUGUUUUCUCUUUUUAUGUUAAACCCAGAUGUUCGAACCGAUUUCUUUUACUUACAAACAACAUCAGUACGUACUUUUUUUUUUAAAUCCCAUGAGUAUGUCUAUAUUUCUUUUAAAUGCGUUGCAUACCGUGAUAAAUUUAAAGUACAUUCUCUCUACAAAGGUAUUUAAAUUUAAAUUCUUAAAGGGCUAAAACAAUAAUCGAGUUAUCAAAUAAGAAACACUUUUCAAAAUUAUAAAAAAAAAACUUUAGGCAAAGCCAAAAGUGGGCGGGAAAGCUGCAAGAUAGCGCAACAAUUCUUAAUGUUUAUUACAUUUUUGGCAAUUAUUUAAAACGCUUGUUUGGUCUUGUUUCGAAUAUUUUCCCACUUAUGUAAAUAACAAUUAGCUUAUGUUUUUGUAUAUUUAUUUAAAUAUGUUUUUUUUUCCCUUCUCCUGCCCCCGACUUUUGACUUGGUAUUGCGCUUAAACUAAAUGUACCUUAUAAAAUUAACAAAAUAAACCCCCACACGAAUACAUUAAUUGCAGUAAAUUUUAAAUCUUUUAAGGCAACAUAAAAUUUAGAAAUGGUUGGAAAGUCUAUGAAUGUUAUGAAAGUUAAUUGUGUGCGGCAAAAAUUGAGGAUUUAAGCAGCGAGUUAAAGAAAGGUUUAAAGAGAAAAAACCUUGUAGGUUGCCUAGUUAUACAUACUAAAUAAAUAUUUAGAUUUUUAGACGUUUAUGCAACUCCUGUAUGUAUUGUAAAAUAGAUGAAAUCUAAAUGGAAACAUUUAAAAUGGGUUAGAAAGAAAUGUAAGAGUAAUUAAAUGAGCAUAGGUUGGCUUAGCAUAAGAUUUAAGCAGCGUUAGAGAUACGUUAAAGGAUAUGCUAUAUAUAUAUAUAUAUGUAUGUAUUAUAUAUAGUAUAUGCAUAUAUAUAUAUAGAUAUGUAUAUAUACGCUGUGCAUUGGCGUUCAACGUAAGUGGCAGCAUGUUUUUUAAAACUCGUUAAAUGAAAAUGUAUAUUCUAUAUCUAAAGUAUGGGGCAUACUGUGCGGUUCUGCAUGAAGUAAAAAUGUGUAAUGGGUCUUAUUAUAUAGGCAAUGGCGUAAGGCAUGUUUAUUGUAAAGUUAAUUACGAUGUGAACCUGUUAUUGCAAAUGAAAAGUGAUUUUAAUUUUUAAGCAAGUAUAAUAAAAAACAAAAAUCAGAAAAAAUAUAUAUAUAAAUAAUAUAUACCUAUAUAUAUAUAUAUAUUAAAAAAAGAAGAAAAAAUAAUAACAAAUAUAAAUCAAAGUUAUAUGUGCAUUGAAGCUUAAUAAGUAUAUUGCAAGAACACCACACACACAGACACACACACACACCUGUUGUAAGUUUUAAAUUUGUUGAAGCAAGCAAACAGCGUUAAGCAAAUCAUUUAACUAGACAGAAAACAAAACUACCUAAAAAAAAAAAAAGAAAAA